AUGGUGGGUAACGCCGGCGAAGGGGAAGCGGGCGGCGGUGGCGUGGUGAGGAAGAGAGGGUGCACAAAAGACGAGUUCCUGCCGGAGGAGUCGUUCCGGAGCUGGGCCAACUAUGGGCGGGCGAUGAGGGAGACGCCGAAGCGGUUCGCGGAUCGGGUCCUGGCCCGGUCCAUGGACUCCACGGAGCUCCACGAGGUGAAGGCCCAGAGCGAGCACGAGAUGAAGAAGACCCUCAACUGGUGGGACCUCAUGUGGUUCGGCAUCGGCUCCGUCAUCGGCGCCGGCAUCUUCGUCCUCACCGGCCUCGAAGCUCGCGACCACUCCGGCCCCGCCGUGCUGCUCUCCUACGUCGUCUCCGGCUUCUCUGCCAUGCUCUCCGUCUUCUGCUACACCGAGUUCGCCGUCGAAAUCCCCGUUGCAGGUGGCUCAUUUGCUUACUUAAGAGUAGAACUGGGCGACUUCAUGGCCUUCAUCGCCGCCGGCAACAUCCUACUCGAGUACGUCAUCGGUGGCGCCGCCGUGGCCCGCUCAUGGACAUCCUACUUCGCCACCCUUUGCAACCACAAACCUGACGACUUCCGCAUCAUAGCCCACAGCCUUCCCGACAACUAUGGCCACCUCGACCCCAUUGCCGUCGCCGUCGCCGCGGUCGUCUGCGUCCUCGCCGUCCUCAGCACCAAGGGAUCCUCCCGCUUCAACUACGUCGCCUCCAUCCUCCACGUGGCGGCCAUUGUCUUCAUCAUCAUCGCCGGUUUCUGCAAAGCCGACGUCAAAAACUUCACCCCUUUCGCUCCUUACCACGCCCGGGGCAUCUUCGACUCCGCUGCCGUUCUCUUCUUCGCCUAUGUCGGGUUCGACGCCGUUUCGACCAUGGCCGAGGAGACCAAGAACCCGGGCAAGGACAUCCCCGUGGGGCUGGUGGGUUCCAUGAUAAUCGUCGUCAUCACUUACUGCCUCCUGGCCGUCGUCCUCUGCUUGAUGGUCCCUUACACCAACCUCGACGCCGACGCGGCCUUCUCCGUCGCAUUCGAGACCGUCGGGCUAAACUGGGCCAAGUACAUAGUCGCCGCCGGGGCCCUCCAAGGAAUGACCACGGCCUUGCUCGCCAGCGCCGUGGGCCAGGCCCGUUACCUCACCCACAUAGCCCGGACCCACAUGAUGCCACCUUGGCUCGCCCAAGUCAACUCCAGAACCGGCACCCCGGUCAACGCCACCGUCGUCAUGCUCGGAGCCACGGCCGUCGUCGCCUUCUUUACCAAGCUUAGCAUCUUGUCAAACCUUCUCUCCAUCUCGACGCUCUUCAUUUUCAUGCUGGUGGCGCUAGCCCUCUUGGUCCGUCGCUAUUACGUUUCCGGGGUCACAAAGAAGGCCGAUCAGUUGAGGCUGGUCGGCUGCAUUGUGGGGAUUCUGGGGAGCGCCGUUGCCACGGCGACUUUAUGGGGGUUGAGGGUAGAUGGGUGGGCUGGGUAUGUGGUUACGGUGGCGAUAUGGUUUCUGGCUACUCUAGGGAUUGCCGUGGCGGUGCCGCAGGCGAGGGAGCCGACGUUGUGGGGAGUCCCGUUGGUGCCGUGGCUGCCGUCGAUAUCGAUCAUGGUCAACAUUUUCUUGCUGGGUUCUAUCGAUAAGGCGUCGUUUGGGAGGUUUGGCAUGUGGACGGCGUUGUUGUUGGUUUACUACGUCUUUAUUGGGAUGCAUGCGACUUAUGAUGUGGCAAAAGAGUCAAAGGAGAAGAACCGGAUUGAGGAAGAGAACGUCGCCGACCAUAAAUUGGAAAGUGGGGGAAUUUGA